CUCGGCACAGCACCUCCUCGACAAUUCAUGAGGAAAUCAAGAGCAACUUGAAUGCCUCGGGUAGCCCGUGGAAAGAAAGUCACAUACAAUGAGGACCCACUUGCAGAAGCCUUAGGCGACGAAGUGCCGCCAAAACGGCAUGUGCACUACGAUGACCCAGAUGACGAUGAUUUCGAUCAGCAAGGUGCGUUGGAGGAGGAAGAUGAGGAAAUGGAGGAUGCAGCACCUACUGAGGACAACGAGGAGGACGCAUUUGACGAGGAUGAUGCAAGCGAGGAUGAACAACCCAAGAAGGGCAAGAGUGCAGCAAAGGUGAAGGGGAAGGCCAAAGCAACAUCAGCACGAGUGGCAGCGCCAGCGCCUCGGCAGACACCAACGGCUACACCAAAACCAGUCCGCACAGCAUUCAAGCGCAAAGAAACUCCUACUUCUGCUGCGAAGGUUAGUUAUGACAACCGCGCCGCUCGCAGCAGACAAAAAUCGUUCGCCCUUCCCGGCCGUGUCGUGACAAUCAACGGCUAUCGAUCACUCCAGAAUGAACAUGGUGAUAAACCCUGGCCUAAGAUAUCAUGGCCACAGGAGCUUCCAUUUGCACAAGAGACGGCUGUGUUGUCCACUGCGGAGGUAGAGUUUGAGGGUUUGAAACAGCUACCGUGGACGCAGUCCUCGCUUUCCUUGUGGCAUGGCCAGUUCCAGGAUCAGAAACUGACACGACUAUCUCCCUUUCAAUCUCUGUUUGUUGAGGAAGACUUCCCUGGCAAGACCGGCUACAUUACGAACACUGCACACUCAAUCCAAUCCCUCGCAUGGCUCCCAAACCGCACGGGCAACGAAGACCAGAUCUUAGCUGUUGGUGGACAUCCCGAUGUUCAUUAUGAGCCGAUGGUAGCUGUUGGGAUGAGUUGUGGGUUGUUGAGGAUUGAGGAUAUGAGUAGGGGUGUUGAGGGGGCGCCGGAGGAGGUUGAGAUGCUUGCUUCGGCGCCUGAAUUUUGAGGGCCGGGAAGUGGGCGAGACAGUGAUGAUAGUAUUUGGCGUAUUUCUGAUGGAUAGCUGUUGCUAUUUGGCAGGCAAUUGCAUACUGUGGUCUUAGCAUUUAAUAAUGUGAACUUGUAAAGCAGAAU